AUUUUGACACUUCAUCUUCGAACGAACAGAAAAAUUUACGAUUCCAUUCAAUUUCUGUUUUGUUUACGUGAACACUGACAUCAAAAGAUAAUUUUAAAUAUUUUCGAUAUUUAGUUUUAUUUUGUUCAAUGUAUUAGAUUUAUUGUCAACAUGGUUAUUCACGGUGUUUAUAUAGUCAGCAAAUCCGGGGGAUUGAUUUUUAAUCAUGAUCACAGCAUUCCACGAAUAGAAACUGAAAAAGUAUUCAAUUAUCCAAUUGACUUGAAAUUAGAUUAUGAUCCGAAAAAGGUAUCGGUGGCAUUCGGACAGAAAGAUGGUAUCACUGUUGGACACGUUCUUAACUCUAUAAAUGGGAUGCCAGUGAAUGGAAGCACACUUGAAGAUGGCAGAAAUGUAAAAGAAGUCUUUGAAAAUGCCAACGAAUUUCCGUUAACGCUCAAAUUUGCCCGCCCGAAAAUGACCACAAAUGAGAAAAUCUUCUUGGCAUCCAUGUUCUAUCCUUUGUUUGCCAUUGCAAGUCAAUUGAGUCCGGAACCGAAAAGUUCGGGUAUUGAAAUUCUCGAAGCAGAUACAUUCAAAUUGCAAUGUUUUCAGACAUUGACAGGAGUAAAAUUUAUGGUUGUUGCUGAAACAACACAAGCUGGCGUCGAUGUAUUACUCAGACGUAUUUAUGAAUUAUAUGCUGAUUAUGUACUCAAAAAUCCAUUCUAUUCACUUGAAAUGCCGAUUCGAUGUGAGUUGUUCGAUACAAAUUUGCAAGCACUAUUGGAGCAAAUGGAAAAAGGGGGCGUGACAACUAUUUAAUAUCAUUGAAAUAUCGAUUUAAUAAACAAAAUAAUUUUAAGUGCAGAAAA